CACAGACCACGCCUAUGCUGCCAAAACGGCACUGCACCGGCGGCCGCUGGUAUAAAAAGUCUUGGUUAGUCCGUGCUCGGUCGCAGAUCAGAGGUGCAGCUCGGAGGACUAAAGUUGCUUCCACUCUUGACUGUGAUUCGACAAGGCAUCAUCGCCAUGAAGUCCGUGUGCAUUGCGCUCCUACUGCUGGCCGUUGCGGCCGUGGCGUACGCUGGAAUCUUCGGCGGUGGAUUCGGACGAGGCGGCUACGGAGGAGGCGGCUACGGAGGCUUCGGUGGUGGUGGCUACCGUGGAGGCUACGGCGGAGGAGGCUACGGAGGUUUCCGCGGAGGAUACGGCGGCGGAGGCUUCGGCGGCUACCGCGGCGGAUACGGAAAGGGAUGGCACGGAUAAACUCCCCGCCUGCUGGGGGCAUGCGCGCGCUUACCACCACGCGUGCGGCUUGUACAUUUUCAUCUCAGU